AUGACACUCGAACAGCUUGAAGCCAACCAAGUUUCAAUGAGGACCGACCUUGACUCCAUGAAGGCAAAGAUGGAUCGCUUGCUGGAAACCAUGUUACUCUUGGCCCAAAAGGAGAAGGAUGCUGAGACUAACGCUGAAGCUAGGAAAGUUGCUGUCGAGUUUGGAUCACCAUCACUUAGCAUCCCUGGAGUAACUAACCUUGAUGGUAAUCCCGCCCAGCCUAGAGGAGGACCGAUCCCCAUUCCUGUUCCCAUGGACAACGUGAACCCCCACGAGCCUUCUGCUACAUCUGCUCGCCAUGGAUCCUUGAUGGGUGAUGAAGAUCCAUAUGACGCCUUCUUCAUGCCACAACCUGCCAAACCUGCUGUUGGAGAUCUCCCGGACCCAGCUGUUGAGAGACUCCAUGCUCUGGAAGAGAAAUUCAAGUCCUUGGAGGUUCAUACUACUCCCGGUUUGGACGCUGUUGAUAUGUGCUUGGUACCAGGACUCGUGGUUCCCCAAAAAUUCAAAGUCCCGGACUUUGACAAAUACAAAGGGAUCAGCUGCCCGAGGACUCACCUUAGAGCUUAUUGCCGCAAAAUGGCUGCCCACAUCACACCCAAUCGCACACAACUGCAAGACAUGAAUCAACGCAACAACGAGUCAUUUAAGGAAUACGCUCAGCGGUGGAGAGAGCUUGCAGCUCGUGUUCAACCUCCUCUUCUUGACAAAGAACUAAUGGAUAUGUUUAUGGGAACCCUGCACACCCAAUACAUGGAGAAAAUGGUAGGAUCCAGUUUCCCAACUUUUGCUGAGGUUGUCUCCGUGGGAGAACGAAUUGAAAGCCAAAUCAAGAAGGGAAAACUACCUUAUGCUGCUAAUGCUUCAAGUGGGAUGAAGAAGCCUUAUCCUAACCUCCCAAAGAAGCCAGAGGGUCAGACCAACGCCAUAAUGAGAGGAGGAGGAUAUAGGGCACGUCCGUGUGCUCCUAUGCCUUAUGAUCAGGUCGCCGCUGUCGUCCCGACACCAUAUCAUCAACCAUAUCAACAACCUUAUCAACAGCCGGCUUACCAGCAGCCACAUCAAAAUCAACAACAACGUGCUCCACAACGUCAGCCUAACCAGCAAAGGGCAAGGAGGCCAGAAAGACAUUUCGAUCAUUUGCCAGUGUCAUACAGCAAGAUCCUUCCCUACCUGCUAAAGGAUGGAUCGGUUGUUCUAAAGGAGAUAGCACCUAUAACUCCACCAUAUCCUCCAGGCUACGAUGCCAAUGCUCACUAUAUUUAA